AUGAACAAGGCCCUCGCCCUGGCUUUCGCUGCUUUUCUCUGGAAUUGUGGCGAGGCAGCCAGCGAGGGGCCCCGCUUCGGGGACACCACUCCCGAUCGGCCCUACCAACUGCAGCGGAUCGACUACUUGGAUCUACACCGACAACCAUGGGAGAUUCAUACCAGCAGCCCCGAGCGCAGGGCGACCUACGAUGCGGGCUGGAAGGACGACAAGAAUCGAGGGUGGCAGCAAGACUACGAGCAAUGGCCACGCUCCCCCCGCGGAUGGUCGCCCAGAAGCAGGAGUCGCAAAGGGCCCAAGGGCAAGAAGGACUCCAGUGGAAAGACAACACAGCCUGCCGGGAAAGGUCCAGGCGAGAGACGACCAGACCGUGCCCCACAGGUUCCAACGGUGGAUCAGAUUCCCAAGCCACCGCAAUCCAAAAUUAUACCGGCGCCCAAGGAACAGGCAGCCGGAUCCGUGGAGGCAAGUGCAGAGCGAAAGGCUCUAGAGACCCUCCUGGACCACUUGGGCAGCCAAGCAGACAUCCCGGACAGUGUGCGAGCCGUGAUGGCACAAAUCAACCAGAGCUCGGCCCGCAGCGAGGCGAAGAAUCUUCACAGAUUGGUGGCACAGCGACAAGAGGCCACCGCGACCCUCGAGAAGAUAAAGGCAAACCGGGCAUCAUUCGAUGCCGGGUGGGCCGUAUAUACCCAAGGGCUCAUGGAUCUGUUGAGCAAGCAGUUUCAGGAACGCGAGGAGGCCCUCAAUGCCAUGAACGAGUCGUUCGCGAGCUGGGCGCAGCGCCUGGCCGAAGCUUCAAGAGCCUUGAAGACUGCGACCAACCACGGAGAUGGAGACAGCAGUGGUGCUCAGAUGAUUGCAGACAGCGACGACGAGGACGACGAUGGCAUGGAAGCGGAGCUGGACAAGAAUGCUCAAGAGACAGCCCGCAUGGAGACAAAGCGACAAGCACUCAGGGAACAGCAUCAAAAUUUGGCUGCGGCCCUGGCGGCAGUACGAGACUCAGCCUCGGAGACAGCAGUCAAGUCCGAGCCCCGCGAACGGACUCCGAGGAGAAAGAAGGAUCAAGCCAGAGAGGCAGGCGAUACCACCGGUGCUGGUGGCAAGCCUGCCGAUUCGGAACAGCAGCCUUUUGCAUAG